CGUGCCGUUGUCAGCUAGGAUUCUUCCUCAUCAUGAGUGAACUACCCAGUAAUGAUGCCGAGCUGCGCAUUCAACUUGCCAAACACGGCGUGGAUGUCGGACCCAUCAACGACUCAACGAGAGGUCUUUACCAAAAGCUCCUGAAAAACAAGCUCUCGCAAUCGAAACCGUCCGCUUCUCGUUCGUCGUCGACUCAGAAACCAAAGAGAAGACCAAAACAGCCGGCAAGAAUGCCGAAGGGAAAAUGCGCGGGUAAAGAGAGUUCGAGGAGAAAUCGAGAAGUCGGGAGAGAUAAAUCUUUUGUCGAUGACGAAAUUGAAAGUGAGGAGGAACGAACUGAAUUGGAAGAAGAGACUCUGUCGUCGCUCAUUUGGUCGGGACCGAGGAAGCUGUGGGAGGCGGGCAAGAAGGCGAUAUUCGGGGAGGAGUCGUCUGGUAGCGAGAUAGAGAGCAUGGAUGCCGAGGCUAGCGAAUUAGUUGAGCAGGAAUAUGAAAUGGAAUUUGCGGGGUCGGAAAAUCCCCGUUUACAAGAUGAUGUAAGCGUGAAAGGAAAGAAGAAGAAGAAAAUGGAAGUUCAAAGAGUGAUGGCGACUCCUCGGAGGCCUCUGCGUCCGCAAAUGGGUGCAGCACGAGCGGGUUCUGAUUCUAGUGUCAAGCGAUAUGGAGGUGCUGCACAAGUGUAUGAUUUAGAGGAGGUCAGUGGUGUACGGGGUGACAAGAGAGGAAGAUCGUCGAAACCAGAUUGGGAGUUGGAGCCGUAUGCAGUCAGCAUCUGCCAUCGAUUAGAUGGUAGUGAGUGGAAGAUUGGUCAGGGAGGAUUCAGUGAGGUUUUCAAAGCUCUCAAAGAUGGAGUCGACGAGGUGGCAUUGAAAAGAAUUAAAAUAGCAGGAAGCACGAUCGCACAGAAACAAUUUCGUGCAGAGAUCGAUCUCAUUAGUAAACUUAGGCACAGACACAUUGUUCAGUUUUACGGCGCAUGCACUCAACUCGACUGCUUCUAUAUGAUAACUGAACUGAUGGAUGGUGACUUGUUUUCGGCCCUUCACGGUAAAGACUCUGCUUUGUACAUGUGGACUGGUCGACACGGUCAUAACGUCAUGCGGGGUAUAGCAUCUGGACUGAACUAUCUGCAUUCCCGUUCUCCUCCUGUGGUUCAUCGUGAUUUGAAGAGCCCAAAUAUCUUUUUGCUAGAUGGUGUAGCAAAGAUUGGAGACAUAGGACUCGCUCGGACUAAGAUGGAGACACUCAUGACUCCACAGCCCGGAUUCACGCCCAUCUGGUCUGCACCGGAAGUGAUAUAUCGAGAAAGGGCUGGCGAAAAGGUUGACAUCUGGAGUCUCGGUGUUAUUCUAUGGGAAGUGGUGACUGGCCAGACUCCUCAGAUCGGCGAGCUGCGAUUGUCUCCAUCAACUGCCACUGGGGUAAGAAAAUUGUUUGGUUACUGCAUGAGGAGGGAUCCAAAGGAUCGACCAGAUGCAAGUGAUGUUGUCCGUUCACUGAAUUUGUUGUAACUGGAUAUUGUGACGUCAAAUGUUUUUACUAAACAACAUUCAGAGUGCUGAGUUUAGUUUUAAACAUUUAGUUACAUAUACUCUAACAUGGUUAUGAUGUUGAAACAGCAGUUUACUUGUAAUUCGUAACCCAGUCAGUGUGAAUUGACUCUGAAUGUAGUUGUUCAAGCAA